AUGUGCCGAGUGGGCCACCUGGAUCCCAGCAGCCACCGAAAGGUGCUGAUGAAAACGGGGCUCAUCCUCCUCAUCGUCGGGCACCUCAACUUCAUCACCGGGGCUCUCGUCCACGGCACCGUCCUGCGCUUCGUGGUCACCGCCCGCGACGCCACCUCCCUGCACUACGGUGUCACCAACAGCGCCUCUGUCAUCGCUGCACUGCUGACCAUCUCCUGUGCAGUCUCUGCCCUGCUGCUCUCCCGUUACCUCGGCCCUGCUGCCCUCAAAUGGGCGCUGCUGGCCCUGAGCGCCUGCAGCAGCCUCUGCUGCCUGUGCUGCCUGCUGGGGCUGCUCGUGGCCAUCGGCCUCACCCUGGGCAACCAGGGCCGGGUGCUGCUGGCCCCCUGCUCCAUCUCCAGCACCGCCCUCGCCCCGGUGUCCCCCGAGUGUCCCUUCGACCCCACCCGCGUCUACAGCUCCACGCUGUCCCUCUGGGUCAUCUCCCUCCUGCUGGAGGCCAUGGGGAUCUUCUUCAGCACCCGCUGCCUCCUGCUCACCCUGGAGCUGCUGCGCCUCGGCCGCUGCUGCCGCGGGAUGCUCCGGAUGAAGGGCUGGGGCAGACCUGGCUGGGCCCAGGGGUGA